AAGCAUGGCAUGAGGCAUGAGAAGACAGUUCCUGGCACACCACAACACAACGGUGUUGUAGAACGGAUGAACUGUACCAUUGUGGAGAAAGUUUGAUGCAUGCUAAAAAUGGCAACUCUACCUAAGCCAUUCUGGGGUGAGGCAGUCAACACAGCAGUGUAUCUGAUCAACCGGUCACCUUCAAUUCCUUUGAACUUUCAAAUCCCAGAGAAAGCUUGGACGGAAAAGGACGUUGGAUACUCUCACUUGAGAGUGUUCGGGUGCAAAGCAUUUAUGCAUGUGCCAAAGGAACAUAGAUCAAAGCUGGAUGAUAAAGCCAUUCCAUGCAUUUUUGUUGGAUAUGGUCAUGAGGAGUUUGGCUACAGACUAUGGGACCUAGAAAAGAAGAAAACUGUCAGAAGUAGAGAUGCCGUGUUUCAUGAACACGAGAAAAUUAAUGAUUUGAAGGAGGACAAAGCUACAGGAAGCUCUGGAGAGGGUGCAGAAGAUUUAACACCGGCAAAAACUCCUUCAAGAAAAAUUACAGAUGGAGAAGAGGUGCAAGCACCAGAAGAUGAGACAGAGGAGCCAACAAUUGAAGAAGAUGAAGCAAGUAUAGAUGGGGGAAAUGAUGAGCAGGGGGAGCAACCCUUGCCACAGAAGGAAGAACCUCAGUUGAGAAGGUCCACCAGAGAGCACAAACCAUCUGCAAGAUACCCAAGUUCUGAUUACAUCUUGAUCAUUGAAGAGGAGGAACCGGAGAACUUCCAGGAGGUACAGUCUCACCAAGACAAAGACUGCUGGAUGAAAGCCAUGCGAGAAGAAAUGAACUCCCUGCACAAGAACAAUACUUAUGAGCUUGUGGAACUUCCCAAAGGAAGAAAAACCCUGAAGAACAAAUGGGUGUUCAAGCUCAAGAAAGAUGGUGACAAGAUAGUUAGAUAUAAGGCUCGGCUGGUGUUAGAUGUAAAAACUGCAUUUCUUCAUGGUGACUUGCAUGAGGAAAUUUAUAUGGAUCAGCCAAUAGGUUUUGAAGAACAAGGGAAGGAGCAUAUGGUUUGCAAAUUGAAGAAGAGCUUGUAUGGACUAAAGCAAGCUCCAAGACAAUGGUAUAAGAAGUUUGACUCUUUUAUGAUGAGUAAUGGUUACCAAAGAACAAAUGUAGAUCCAUGUGUCUACAUCAGAUUAUUCCCUGAUGGCAACUUCAUUAUCCUUUUGUUAUAUGUUGAUGAUAUGCUGAUUUUGGGACAAGGUGUUGAGAAAAUUUGCAGGUUAAAAGAGGAGUUAUCAAAGUCCUUUGACAUGAAGGACUUGGGACCAGCAAAGCAAAUUUUGGGUAUGGCUAUUACCCGUGAUAGAAAGGCUGGGAAAUUGUGGUUAUCACAGGAGAAGUAUGUUGAACGGUUGCUUGAAAGGUUCAACAUGAAACAUGCUAAGCUAGUUAGCACUCCUCUUGCAAAUCACUUCAAGCUAAGUAAACGAUCUUGUCCAACUACCAAAGAAGAAAAGGAGAAAAUGUCACCUAUUCCUUAUUCUUCUGCAGUCGGUUCACUGAUGUAUGCAAUGGUAUGUACACAGCCAGACAUUACCCAUGCUGUUGGUGUUGUGAGUAGAUUCUUGUCUGAUCCAGGCAAGAUUCACUGGGAAGCUGUUAAAUGGAUCUUCAGAUAUCUGAGAGGAACUACCAAGUUGUGUUUGACAUUUGGGCAAACUGAACCAAUUCUAAAGGGAUACACAGAUGCAGACAUGGCAGGUGACCUUGAUAAUAGAAAAUCUAUUUUAGGGUAUUUAUUCACUUUUGCAGGGGGAGUUGUAUCAUGGCAAUCAAAAUUGCAGAAGUGUGUUGUCUUGUCAACAACCGAAGCUGAAUACAUUGCAGCUACAGAAGCUGGUGGGCAUGAAACUGUUGACGAUGACGAUACCCUAAUGGACGAUAUAUCGAAGAUUGAAAUUAACGAGGAAUACGCUCGCAGGUUCGAGCACAACAAGAAGCGCGAGGCUCUGCAGAGAUAUGAGGAGCUCGACAAGAAAGGUCGCAUCCAAGAAUCAAUUGAAUCCGAUGAGGAAUUAGAGUCUGAAUCAUCUUCUGAAGAAGAAGAUCUCGAUGGCGUGGUUGGCUCCAAAAGGAAGGAUUCAGAGUUCUUCGAUGCUUUAAUCAAGGUGCAGAACCAAGAUCCUAGAUUGAAGCAGAAAGAUGUCAAGCUUUUUGAGUCUGAUGAUGAUGAGAGAAGUGAACAGGAAAGUAAGCAAAAGGAAAAGACAGAGAAGAAAGCAGUAUUUUUGAAGGAUGUAGUGGCAAACCAGUUGAUUGAGAAACGGCCAGAAUUAGAGGAGGAAGAUUCUAAUGAUGAGCAGAAAAAUAAGAAAAAGAGUUAUAGCGAGGAGCAGGAAGAGAUAAAGAAGGCUUUCCUGGAUGCAGCACAUGAAGUUGAUUGUGAUUAUGAUGAUGGAGAUGAUUUCUUGCGAGACAAGAAGGGGGCUAAUGAUAUGGUGGAUGAUGAGGAGGUGGAUGAAUUGUUAAGGAACGAGGAGGAGAUUGAGAAGCAAGAGGGGUAUGAGUUGGAGUAUAAUUUCAGGCAUGGGGAGAAUGCUAGGGAUAGAAUAAUGGGUUACUCUAGGAAGAUUGAAGGAUCAGUGAGGAAGAAGGAGAAUGCAAGAAAGGAGCAGAGAAGGAGGAAGCAGGAGAGGAUGAUGAUUGCAGAGAUGGAAAGGAAGGAAGAACUGAAGCAUUUGAAGAAUUUGAAGAGGGAAGAGAUGAAGUUAAAAAUGAAAAAGGUCAUGGAAAUUGCAUGGAUUAAGGAAGAUGAUCAAUGCUUGUUUGGUAUGAAGGAAUUUGAUCUCGACAAGUAUGAUAAGAUGAUGAAGGCUAUCUUUGAUGAAAAAUAUUAUGCUGCCGAGGAUGAGGAGUUUGGUAGUGAUGAGGAUGUGAUUGAGAAACCAGACUUUGAUGAAGAGGAUAAGCUGCUUGGACUCCCUAAAGGUUGGGAUGUGCUUGAGUCUGGUGAUGGAUUCUUAGCUACAAGGGAAAGGAUUUUAAAGCAGAAAUCAGAGUGCAUUGGUGAUGGUGAUGCUAAAGUAGAAGAAGAUGAAGAAGAAUAAAGUCAAGAAAAAGGAGAAGAGAGAAAAUAAGAGGAUACUAUGGAAGGUACAAUCACCUUGCUUUAAAGUUUGUCUUUGAUAUCUAAAAUUGGUUCAUUACUCAGUACUCACACAAUACUCAUUCUGUUUUCUUCCUUCUCCUUAUCAUCCGGGAGUAAUGUGACAUAAGCUACCGAAAUGUGUAAUAUGGUGUUCAUUAAUCUAUGGAAUUCCUAUUAAGUUGAUUAAUCUGAGAAGAAGAGAAUAAAUUGAAUGGGUUGUC